AUGACAAGGAAGAUCUUCACCAACACCAGGGAGCGAUGGAGGCAGCAAAAUGUCAACAGCGCCUUUGCCAAGCUGAGGAAACUCAUUCCCACCCACCCACCAGACAAAAAACUGAGCAAGAAUGAGACACUCCGGUUAGCUAUGAGAUACAUCAACUUCCUCGUCAAGGUCCUGGGAGAGCCAGGCCUGCAGCAGACGGCAGUGGCAGCACGAGGCAGCAUCCUGGGGUUCUUCCAGCAAGCCCCACACUUGCAAAGCAUGGAGGAGCUGACACUGAUUGAAAACUGUGGUGUCUCGUCACCUGGCAUGAGCAGCAAUAUAGUAGAGUGCUGGUCAGAGACAUCAUCUCCCUAG